GCAUUCAUGAAAACUUUGGCAGUACACCUCACCUCAUAACGAUUCUGCUGUUCAACUUAAACAGAUUCAUCAGAAAUGGAACCUGUGCAUGGAGGGUUAUCUUCCUUAAAGGGUGCUUAUCCAGAAAUGCAAAGAAUGUGCGAGAAAGUAAGACCUAAGGACAACUAUCGGUAUUUCUACCCCAUUCUAUACCGUAUGCAGGUUGUGGCUGGAACUAAUUACUUCAUCAAGGUCCAUGUGGAUGAGGAUAAGUAUGUCCACAUCUGUGUCUCCCAAGCUCUCCCCUGUAAUGGUGGCGAGUGUAGUAUCAGCGGCAUCCAGUCAAACAAAACUCUUGAAGACCCGAUUGAUUACUUCCCGUUGGGAACCAAGUAAAUGGCAAAUGCAAGAAUCCUUCAAAAGAUUUUUUAUCGGCUCAAAAUACAAUGUCGCCUUAUGAUAAAGGUAUUGAAUAAAACGUAAAACUCUU